ACCGACAAGACUGACGGCGACGACGACGAGGAGGCGAAGGCACUCAUCAGACGCCGCACCACAACAUCGACCGGACCCACAAUACCGACGCCCACACCAGUCGAUAGCGGGGCCACAGCCGGGGCUGAGAAGAAAGAUAUGUCUAAACUGGUGGCGACCGAAACGGCGGAAACGGGUGACGUUAAGCUCGCCACCAUAUUUGUAUGCCUGGGCUGGACAUCGAUAGUGACGGGCACUCUGUCCGCAUCUAAGAGUCUGCACCAGAGGUUAUUGAGGGCCACAAUGCGCGCACCCAUGAGUUUCUUCGACACGACACCAUUGGGUCGGGUAUUGAACCGAUUCAGUAAAGACAUCGAUAUUCUGGACUCAUUGAUGCAAAUGACAAUGAGGGUAUUGAUAAAUACAAGUUUUUCAGUAUUGGCCACAAUUAUAAUUAUAUCGAUACAAACGCCAAUAUUUUUGGCCGUAUUUUUCCCGGUUAUGAUUAUCUACUAUUUUGUUCAGAAGUUUUAUGUCGUAACUUCUCGACAGCUCAAGAGACUGGAAUCGAUAACCCGAUCGCCAAUAUAUUCACACUUCGGGGAAACGGUUAACGGCGUGUCCACUAUCAGGGCGUACGGCGUCAACGACCGCUUCAUACGCGAGUCCGACGAUCGGGUGGACAGGAAUCAGAUGUGUUUCUAUCCCAACGCUAUCGCCAACUGUUGGCUUCAGGUGCGGCUCGAAGUGUUGGCCAAUUGUCUCAUAUUUUGUGCCGCACUGUUUGCCGUACUGGCCAAGGGUACAAUGGACCCAGGUGAUACUGGACUGUCCAUAUCGUACGCGAUGAACAUUACAAUGGCUUUAAAUAUGUGCGUUCGUAUGUUUGCUGAGAUGGAGAACAAUGUGGUGGCCGUCGAGAGGGUUGACGAGUACUGUGGGGUCGAGUCUGAGGCCGAGUGGUAUUCGGGUCAGAAGAUACCCGACAACUGGCCAAACAAGGGAUGCAUUCAAUUCACAGAAUACGGGACUAAAUAUCGCGAAGGACUCGAUCUCGUCCUCAAAGGCGUUGAUCUCAAUGUGAAAGAAGGAGAGAAAAUAGGAAUAGUCGGUCGGACGGGUGCGGGAAAGUCGUCUCUAACUCUGGCGUUGUUUAGACUAAUUGAGGCCUCAUUUGGCAGAAUAACUAUCGAUGGCAUUGAUAUCAAUCAAUUAGGACUACAAGAGUUAAGAUCGCGGCUAACAAUCAUACCUCAGGAUCCGUUUCUGAAACAAUUCAGUACGCUACGCCCGGAGCUGAUAUUCCACAGCCUUCGCGGCGAGAAUUUGAGUGUGGGUCAAAGACAACUGAUAUGUCUGUCGAGAGCACUGUUGCGGAGGACAUGUGUCCUCAUUCUGGAUGAGGCGACGGCUGCCGUCGACUUAGAGACCGACGCUUUAAUACAGACAACCAUACGAUCGAAGUUCAGUCGCUGCACAGUCUUAACGAUCGCCCAUCGGAUCCACACAAUCAUGGACUCCGACCGCGUACUCGUCCUCAACGACGGACGCGUCGCAGAGUUUGACGCACCGGAAGUGCUGCUCAGGGAUACCAACUCUAUCUUCCACUCACUCGCCAGGGAUGCGGGACUUGGGCAAUUAUGUAACCUCUCGAACAACGAUGUGAGUUGGAACACAGCAUCGCCAACACUGACCAGUUGUAUGACAGAUACAGUCAUGGUAUGGAUCCCAUCGGCAUUCCUCUGGAUCUGUUUGCCGUACGUUAUCAUUGAUAGCUUACGGGCGCACAGAUAUCACAUCCCAUGGAAUUACUACAAUGGCAGCAGACUUAUCACAGCCCUAACACUGACCAUGGUCACUCUCAUUGACUUUAUACUAUUGUUGUGCCGGGAGUUUAAAUGGUCGGACAGUCCAACUGUAGCCCAUAUACUGUCUGCCGGUGUUUACUGUUUAACACGACUGGUAUUGUGUGCCGUGUUUUAUACGCACCGGACGUCUGGCGUUCACUGCAGUGGUAUUGUAUGGAUAUAUCUAUUCCUGUCAACAGUCACCGGCACUUUCACUACUGCCGUCUACGCCACUGCCGAUGACAUGAGACAAUCCCAUGAAUUAAUACUAUAUGUGGUUCAGUAUGUGUUGACCGUUAUAUUGCUGUUGUUUUGCUCGUUUGCCGACCGAUUGCCGGAUCAGUCCAUAGACGGCAGUGACGGCUACGGAGACAAAGCCAAUACCAAUCACAAAGUGUGCCCCAAAGAGCACGUGUCGUUCCCAUCGAGACUGACAUUCAAUUGGUUGACAGCACUUGUGCUGAAGGGUUGGCGCCACCCGUUGACACUCAACGACUUGUGGGCCGUCCGGAGUGUCGACCGAACCCGUAAUGUCUUCCGCUAUUUCAACAAAUACUGGAAAAAUGAUAAGUAUAUGGAUAGACAUGAGUUGACCGCAAUCGGGCUGUUGGAUAACAAGGAUGGGAUUAAGUGUGUGCCCGACACCAACAAAUUAGGGAAAAAAUUGCGCAAUGGUAAUAUAUUUAUGGUGGUUUGCAAAGCAUUUUGGUGGUAUUUUUUACCACCCGGUAUUUUGAAAUUGCUUAGCGAUAUACUACAGUUGGCCAAUCCUAUGAUACUCAAGUUUGUGCUAUUAUUGAUUGGCUUUACGACUAGUGAUGAGCCCGAAUGGCACGGAUAUGUUUACGCCUCACUAUUUGUGUUCACUAAUGUAUUUCAAAGUCUGAUUACAACAUAUAAUACUCAACGUAUGACUAUUUUAGGGAUGAGGAUUAGGACGUGUCUUAUUUCAGCCGUUUAUAGAAAAUCAUUGAUUUUAAGUAAUUUCGCCAAAAAGGAUACGACGACCGGAGAAAUCGUCAAUAUUAUGGCCGUUGACUGCCAGAGGUUUUCAGAUUUGUUGCCCUGGCUGAGUUUCCUAUGGUCGGCACCGGUACAGAUGGCCAUUUCCACGUACCUGUUGUACAACGAGUUAGGUGUGGCAGUGUUUGGUGGUUUGGCAUUCAUGCUGUUCACUAUACCACUCACUCUAUACGGCGCCCGAUAUAUAAAGAGCUUUCAAAUGAGACAAAUGAAGUUAAAGGAUAAACGCCUUAAGACUAUGAAUGAGAUACUCAAUGGCAUGAAAGUGCUCAAGUUAUACGCCUGGGAGGAGGCGUUCAUAGAGAUUAUAAAUCGGAUCAGAAGUAAAGAGGUGUCUUUACUCCGAAAAGGGGGUUAUUUUAGCACAAUAUUCAUAUGCAUCGCAUCCAACAUUCCCUUCUUCGUGGCCCUCAUAUCGUUCGGUGUUUACAUAGCCAUCGACUCAACCAAUGUGUUGGACGCGUCCAAAGUGUUUGUCUCCAUCUCUCUGUUCAAUCUCUUGCGGAUACCAUUGAUGAUGAUUCCCAAUAUGAUUAAUGGCUUGAUUAUGACUAGUGUUUCAGUGAAACGAUUGAACAAAUUUCUGGACUUCGAGGAGCUUUCAGGUUAUGUGUCGAGAGAUGAGGACAAGGAUAUGGUUUUGGUCGAGAGGGGAGUCUUCACGUGGGAGAGUGUGGACGACGUGAGACUCAAAGGCAAUAAACCAUGUAUUGAUGGCUUGGAUAUGAAGAUAAGGGACGGCAUGUUUGUGGCAGUGGUCGGGAGCGUCGGCUCCGGUAAGAGUUCGCUAUUGUCUGCACUGUUGGGAGAGAUGGAGUGUGUGAGCGGUCGAGUGAACAUCAGGUGCGGCGCAAACAUAGCAUAUGUGCCACAACUG